AUGAUUAGAUCCAACAUUCUUAAAUCGGGAUUCCUUGUGUUCGUUAUGGUUCUAUAUCGGCUUAGUGAAGCCCAAGUAGUACCCGUUGUCCCAGUUACCCCUUUUGCCCCGCGCCCACUAUGCAACUUCCAAAUGGCCCUUGCAAACCAAGCUUGCGCAUAUUUGCCAUUUAUACAAGUUCCACCACCCGCACCACGGGCCCCUCUUGCUCCACCACCACCUCCAUCUGAUGAUGAUGAUGAUGAUGAUGAGGAUCAUGAUGAUGAUGAGGAUGAUGAUGAUGACAAUGACGACGACGACGAUGAUGAUGAUAGAGAUGAGCAUAGGCGUGUACGUAACCAAAGACACGCACAUGAUGAGGACCCUAGUCAUGAUCAUGAUGAUGAUCAUGACCAAGAUCACGGCGAUGAUCAUGAUCAUGAUGACAAUGAUCAUGAACAUGAUGACAAUGAUCAUGAUCAUGAUGACAAUGAUCCUGAACACCGCACUAAUAAUGAUGAUCAUGACGAUGAUGAUCAUGAUCAUCAUGACGACGAUGAUCAUGACGACAAGGAUGGGGAUCAUGAUGACAAGGACCGGCGUAAGCACCGUCAUCAUCGUCAUAGGCGUCAUAGACAUAGAGACACACCUGUUGAACAACAAUGUUGUAAGUGGUUAUCUCAAGUUGAUGAUCAGUGCGUUUGUGAGCUCCUCGUUCGUUUGCCCCCAUUCCUUGCUAGACCUGUUCAUAAGUAUUCUGUAAUAGUUGGUAGAGCUUGCAAUAUCACUUACUCGUGUGGAAGUCGAAUAAGGAACUAACUAAAAUCUAUAUAAC